GUUUUACACUUGAUGUGUGACAGAUGGCGCUCACGGUAAAAACAAAAGCACCAGGAGAAAAAAUGGCCCUGAGCAGAGUAACAGUGACGUCAUCAGUGACGUCAGCCAUCCCAUUAUUAUUAUUAAAUGAACAAUCCAGUCUCUGGACCUCGUCGUCCAGGGAUCAAAACUUUGGGUCCUGACCCUCAACAUUUCCUCAGGGACUGGGAUUCAAACCUGGAUCUGGAUUUUUUUUUCCCAGUAACUGACUCUUCACUUCCUCCCAGUCCUGGUCACCUCGGUGACUUGGACGUAGACUGGAACUCCUGGAGCUUGGACUCAAAUGUCCUCAACGUGCUCUUCAAGGACCUGGACUUGGACACGGGGAAACUUUUCAUCUUUUUUUUUUUCACCGACUUGGACUUGGAUCUAAAACCCUUCCAACCUGACUCGACCAGACUGUUAGAAUAUUUCAACAUGAAACGCUGAGCUGUUGCUAGGCUAACAGGUUCUAGACCCGGCCUGGUGCCGGAGGGUGACGACACCACGCCUCCUGAACCCCACCCAGCCCUUUUGACAUGUUGGACCACGAGGCUCUUUGUUGACUCUCUGAGUCUUCUGUUUACUGACACCUGCUGUGACUCCAGGCCUGGGGGGAGAGAAAAUGCUCUUUAUUAAACACACACACACACACACACUGAGGACUCCUGAGUUCCUCAGUGUGCAGCAGCAGCCGCAGCAGCAGCAGAACCUUGUUCCUGGGAGUCUGAGAGGGCCGCAGUGAAGAGAAGACCACAGGUCCAGACCCGUCCUGUAUCUGACCCACUCUCCACCAUCCAGCCAACAUGGGCCAGAACCUCAUCAAGCCCAUUUCCAACCCUUUCCAGAACUCCAGUUUCUUGCCUCCUAUCAAGAACACCUACUCCAGAACCGAGCCUGAGGAAACCCCUGCUCCACGGCCCAGCAUCUUCGCCACUCUGAGGAAGCCCCCUGUGGCUAAAGCUAACGAUUUCAUCCCCCUCUUCAACGACUGCAUCACCGCCGCCUCGUCCAGAACCCAGGAGUACCUGCUCUUCAAGGACCCAGAGAACAAGUUUCACCCGAGCCCCGACGUUCUCACCCAGGUCUUCUUGAUGACCUACAUCACUCAGUCGGUCUGCCUCAACAUGACUGACACCUUCAACUGCACCGCCAUGACCCCCGAACAGAGAAUCCUCCUGGGGCCCGACUGGGUCUGGGCCCUUCUGGACAAACCCAGCAAGAACCCCAGGGUCCAGAUCGCCGUCCAAGUCCUACACCUGCCAGAAAAAGAAGAAGCUGAGGAGGACAGCGCCCCCACAGAAGCCUUCAGUGAGACCCUCCAGCUGGCCCAGAUGGAGUCCAGCAGCAGGAACAUGUACGAGAAGCUGGUGGACUUCUGCACCUCCAUCGGUAAGGACUGCUACGCACUCUUCCUGUUCUUUGGUAGGAAAAACGACAAGGGAAACAUCUACGGCGUCCUCAGCAACAACUUUGAGGCAGCAAUCGGCAAAUGCAACAAAAUCGACCGAGCGUUUAUCGAGAACUUCUUCAAAGGCUCCAGGUAUCUCCACACCCCUCCAGGAAUGAUGCAGGCUGUGGUCACCAGGAAGGACCACGACCCACUGACUCUCAUGAUCAAAUUCAGCUAACUCUCCCCAGAACCAGGAGAUCACAGUGGGUGGGACUUGAACACACAGCAGUUCUCUGAUUCAGUCCUUACAGCUCUCAUCAGCACCAUCUGCUGGUUCUGGCUUUUCAACCCUAGAAUCUAAAAAUUCAUUCUUGGAAAGUUCAAAGGUCAGUUCAAUGAGUUAAGAUUUACUGAUGAUGAUGAUGAUGAUGAUGAUGAUGAUGAUCCAUGACGUUUGAUGUCGCGACCAAGACUAGAACUAGGAACCCCCUGGUGACCACUGUGACUAACUGACAUGUUCAACAUCAUCAUCAUUACCAUUACUAUAAUUACUACUCAUUGGUCAUUACCAAUCAGACAAACCAAUCAGAGCUGAUGCUGGUGAUGAUGUCAUAGGUUUCCAUUUUAAUAUAUUAUGAUAAUAAAUAAUAAAAACAAAAAUUUGAACAAAACAUUUCUUUGUCACUGUUGCUGCGGGUGAGACAGGAGACAGAGGGGGUGAGGAGGACUCCACCCAGACCACACCCUUCAGUCCGGACCUGAACUACACUGUCUAGGUCUGAUCUUUGUUUAGUGUAGGACUGUAAAUAUUGACCUGUGACCUGUGGUACACAAACGCACUGGUACUGGUAGCUCCAUGCUAAUGCUACGAACAACUGUUUCUGCUGAAGGAGGGGAAUAUAAACCAGAUCAGACCAGAAACCUCA